UCCAUGGACCUUCAGUCUAAUGCAUGAACAACACUUUUUUUUACGGACAUUAAAUAAAUAAGGCGCCCUUUCUCUUGGUGGUAUCGAGCAAAUCAUUUAACAGACUGUUUUGUCACCAGACUCACACAUAAAAUAAGAGGGGUCUCAUGUUUCUUUUUUUGAUACUACUCUCUAAUCUAUUUCACUUUCUAUUUGCCAUGUCACCCUAUGACACGCUUCUUUUGGCGGAUACCUCUUCUUGUGUCCAUUUGAAAUACACAAUCGACCACAAGCAGUUUCAGUUUGCUUCCGUUCCGUUAACAAAUACAGUUGGCCAUGUCGAUAUCAAGAGAAGGAGAACAACCUAUAGUACUGAACCAUUUGGAAAUUCAAAUGGAUGUCAAUCUAGACAAGCAGGUUAUGAUGGCAGAGGGAUUUCAAUGUUGGAGUACAACUAAAGAAAUGGACAGAUACAGCAAGAUAUCUUCUAUUCCCGGAGUAGUCUCUUGGUUUACUCAAUUCAACCUACAAGGAGACUAUGAUUUUUUUAAUUAUUCGGGUCAAGCAGGACACAUUCAUUCCACAGGUUACACAUACUUUAGAGACACACAAUCCAACCAAAUCGUCUUUCUAGGUUCUAUCUCUGAAGAAUCCGGUUACACGUAUUAUAAAUCUGACUUGAAUGGGAACAAGUUCAGUCUAUACAAGGAUAUUGAUGGUAAAGUAUUAAAACCGGGACAGACGUUGUGUAUCAAGGUCUUUGUGGCUCAACGUGAUCAAGUCAGCGGCUUAAAAUCUAUUUGGGAACGUUAUGCAGAUUACUAUGAUCCCAAGCAUGAGUUUAGAAACCCGCGUCAUUUAACAGGUUGGUCCUCCUGGUAUAAUUUCUAUGAACGUGUCACCGAAAAUGAUGUCGUAUCCAGCUUACACGCUUUCAAAGAACACAAGUAUCCCAUUGACGUUUUCCAGAUUGAUGAUGGUUUCGAGUCGCAAAUCGGUGAUUGGUUGGAUGUGGACAAAGUAAAAUUCCCAAGAGGUAUGCAGGCACUUGCAGAAGAGAUCAAACAACAGGAUUAUAUCCCGGGUAUUUGGCUGGCUCCAUAUGCCGUUGGAUUUAAAAGUAAAAUCGUAAAAGAGCAUCCCGAUUGGCUUCUCAAACAUCCCGAUGGUCGUUUCGUAGUAGCAGGCCCUAACUGGGGUGGGUUUUAUGCGAUGGAUAUCUAUCACCCUGAAGUACGCAUUUAUCUUCAAUCCGUGUUUGAUACCGUCAUUGAUGUCUGGGGGUUCAAAUUAUUAAAACUAGAUUUUUUAUUUGCUGCUGCCAUGAUUCCUCGUCUAGGAAAAUCGCGCGGUGAAAUUAUGUGGGAUGCUAUGGACUUGAUUACGGAAUUCACACAGAAGAGAGCUUUAUUGUUGGGUUCAGGCGUAACAUUACCCUCUACUUGGGGUAGAUUAGAAUAUUCUCGUGUCAGUAGUGAUGCUUCUCCAUGGUGGGAUCAUUCGGUGCUUCGUAUUGCCAAUGUCCGUGAACGUGUAGCCACCUCGAAUGCCAUCACAUCCACCUUGAACCGCUGGCCUAUGGCAUCCACUAUUUUUGGAAGUGAUCCUGAUGUAUUCUUUGUCAGAUCUAAUAAUAAUCAACUCACCAAGGAAGAAAAGCAUACAUUAUUGGUGAUUAAUAUCGUAUUCGGUCAACUCGUCCUGAUGUCUGAUAAUGUGGGUCUCUAUGAUAAACAGGAGCAUAAGUUGUACAGUUCCAUCUUUCCCAAACCAGAGGCACAAGUCAAGAGCCUGGUCUCUUUGGGCUUAGAUGUCUAUCAAGCUAAUUAUACAGUGCAUGGCCGUGAAUACAUCUUUAUUUCCAAUCUAUCUCCUUUACCUUACACAGCCAAAUUAUCUUGGAUAGAGAACGGUCAUUAUUUUGAGCGUAGUAAUGUCUUAAUCAGUGGAUCACGUGUGGAUUGGCUUCCUCCUCAAUCUCAGGUAUUCCUCAAGCCUCAUGAAACAAGGACCUUUAUGAAGAUAUCAAAGGAAUCCAAGGAUCUGUUUAUGGGCUCUACAGGUAAUAUCGUGCCUGGAUCUGAAAUAGAGUCUAUCAGCAAGGAAGAUGAAGCCGUGCAUAUCACAUUAAGGAAACCUCACAUGAAACAAAAGACACGCAUUUUUAUCAAGUUGGAUACCAAUGAUAGUCCACUUCCCACUGUGUAUGUUGAUAAUGAGCAAGCGACACGGGUCGAAAGACUUGUAUGGGAUGGCCGUGUUUCGGUGGCUAAGGUCACACUUUUUGGAUAAAUUCUAUUUUUUUUUAAUGUAUAUUUUAUUGUAUCUAAUAAAAAACAAGCUGUACAAAAGGUAAACAAAAAAUAUUUUUUAGAUUUUGAAGCCGCUGUGAAUAGCAGCAACACCAAAAGUGAGAUCCUCAUAACCCUUGCCAAUGGUCUUGAAACCAGCAUCACGAAUGAUUUGAGCAAAUUCUUCUUGAGGAGGGAAUUGACGAAUACUUUCUACAAGGUAUUGGUAUGAAUCACGGUCACCAGCAAUGGCUUGACCCAAUGCAGGAAUAAUAUCAAAGGAAUAAAUAUCAUAGAACCUAAGUCAAAA